AUGACCCAAGAGGCUAUUUCGAAGCUGCAGGAGGCCAUUUCUUUGAAUCCCAUCAAGCAUGAUCCCUUUUGGUGCCUGGGAAAUGCUCUCACUUCACAAGCAUUUUUAAACCCAGACCCGGAUGAAGCUAAAGUUCAUUUUGAUAGGGCAUCUGCGACAACAAUCAGCAGGGUCGGUCAGGCUUUCUUCAUCUUCUGGUGCGAAGAUUCAAAAGAAAAAGAAGGACAGCGAUUUGAAGUACAACAUAUUUGGAUGGAUAAUCUUGGCUGUUGGCAUUGUUACAUGGGUGGGGUUAGCAAAAUAAAACCUUCUGCCACCAACGUCGCGCUCAUAAAGUCGUAA